GGAGAAAUUAGAAGAAAAAGCCAAAUUAUAUGAGAAAAUGACUAAAGCAGACUUUAUAGAUGAAGAAGUGGAGGAUAUGUACCUUGUGGAUUUCACACAGAAGAUCAUAGACAAACACAAAGAAAUGGAGGUGUUUGGUGCCAAUAGAGAUUGUAGAAUGGCAGGAGAAAGAGACUAUGAUGAAGAAAAUCUUUCUGAGAAAGAUAUACCUCCUCCCCAGGACCCCAGUGAAGAAUGGGUGGAUUACAUGGAUUCUUUAGGACGAUCUCGCCGCUGUAUGAAAAAGGAUUUGCCGCAUCUGCUGGAGAUGGAUAAAAAUCUUCAAGGGAGGCUUUUCGUUAGUCCUGCUAAUGAGAAAACCUUAUUAUCUGAAGAUAUGAGAAAAGAACUUCAGCGCCAGCAAUGGGAGGAAGAAGAAAGAGAGGCCUUGAAAAGGCCAAUGGGGCCCAUACAUUAUGAAGACAUUCGCGAAAAUGAGGCCCGGCAACUUGUUGUUGGAUAUUUUGCCUUUGCCCGAGAUAAAGAGUUGAGAAACAAGCAGAUGAAAACAUUAGAGAUGCUACGUGAACAGAUCCAAAAGGUCAUCCCCAGGAUUGAUAUUAAGGAGCUUACUGCCUAUGUUUUCUUCAAGAUGUUUUAUAAAUUUUCCUUUGGGUACUGGUCGAAGAGGCAAUCAGAUCUCCGGGCUGAGAGAGAUCCUGAGUUUGCCCCGCCGUCGGAUUACUUUGUGGGUCAAAAGCGAACAGGCUCCCUCGGUAGCCAGACCUGGAGCAGACCUGCGCCUGCGCCCACACCCACACCAAGCGACCCAGUACAGUGGUCUGGCCGGAGCUGUGACGCCGGCCCUUCACAUCCACCAUCCGCUCCUGGCCCCGGCAGCCCGCCACAGGCCCCUACCGUCGCUUUCAAAACUCUGGAUGAUAUGAUAUCCUACUAUAAACAAGUGACGUGAACUUCAAAAACCAUUCUGAUUUGGGUCUGUACUGUUGAUGGUGCCUUCUCCCAAAUUGGGGAAAAUAAUUUAAUUUUAGGGGCCGGAUUGUACCUAUUUCCUCCUAUCCCUUUCCUAGAAGACACAGACUUCAGGUUGGAUUUGUCGGUCAGCAAGGAAGAAAGUGAAUGGUACCAUGGAAA